CCCCUCCUCCUGCGACCUGCACGCCGACACCGCCCGGGCUCAGCAGCCCCCGACCCCGACCGCCACCCAGAUCGUCGUGAAAGUGAAAAUCGCGUUAAUCGAAUAAUUGGGCUAAAGGCGACCAGAGACCCGUCUCGAUUUUCCACCGCGUGAUCGAACAACGAUAAUUGCAGAGCUAUAUAUAUUUAUUUUAGAAAAAACUAAAAUCUAUUUUUUUCUCCCUCUCUCUCUCACCUACCGUCGAGUCUAAUCUCCUGCAUCAGCGACGAGCGCGUCAGUCAGUCAGCCGGUCAGCGGCCGGUGCCCGCGGUCACUCCGAUUAAUCAUCAUUCAACAAUCGCCACGAAUAAGUCGCCACCGCGGGGCUCCAACGCUACCAAUCAUCAUCACCCCCCCCCCCCACUCGUUCCCCAGCGCUCGUCUGUGCAGUAAUACCGCCGAGUGACUAACACUCGCUCGUUCACUCGUUGCUCGCGAAUCAGCUGAGCAGAGGCGGCAGCUAUGGACGACAAGAAGCAAGAAGAGAGCAGCGGCGGAUGCAAGGAGUUCAUCUGGAACCCGCGAACUCGACAAUUCAUGGGAAGGACGGGGACAAGCUGGGCUCUGAUCCUGCUCUUCUACCUCGUGUUCUACGGCUUCCUGGCCGGCCUCUUCUCGCUCACCAUGUGGGUGCUGCUGCAGACCACCAACGAGUUCCGCCCCAAAUACCUCGACCGCGUCCCCUCGCCCGGGCUGAUGAUCCGACCUCAGGCGGACACCCUGGACAUCAAAUUCAAGCCGACGCAGAACAGCUCCUUCCUGCAAUACGUCACCGCCCUCAACGACUUCCUGUUGCCGUACAACGAGGGGAACCAGACGGCGCGGAACCUGAACUGCACGCCGGGGCGCUACCACUUCCAGAACGACACAGACGAAGUGCGCAACUACCCCAAGACGUCGUGCCGCUUCCUGCGCGCGUCGCUCGGCGAGUGCUCGGGCCUCGUGGACUCGAGCUACGGCUACAGCUCCGGCACGCCCUGCGUCAUCCUCAAGAUGAACCGGAUUAUCAGCUAUUACCCCAACGACAACGCCGAACCGCUGAGGGUGAACUGCACCGGCAAGAGACACAGAAUCAACAAGGACGAGUGGCGUGACGACACUGAGAAAGUCGGGCCUCUCCGGUACUUCCCAGUCAACGGGACCUUUGACCCCAUGUACUUCCCGUACUACGGCAAGAAGGCGCACGUCAACUACACGCAGCCCGUGGUGGCGGUGCGGUUCAUGAACGCGACGCGCGGGGAGGAACUGUCGGUGGAGUGCUCCAUCGCCGGCGUGAAACACGACAGUGAUCGCGACCGCUUCCUGGGCAGGGUGACCUUCAGGGUGUUCAUCCAGUGAUCGCUCGCUCGCCCACACGCGCACGCACGAUCGCCCACACGCUCACAUGCAACGCUUGCUCAUUCAUGGUCAUGCUCACUCAACCACACAAACACAGAGAGGCUUGCUCGCCCACACGAUUGCACACUCACACUCGCUCCGCCAAGCUCAGCCACGCACGUACUCGUACAUACACAUGUGAAGACAUCUUCGUACAUGCUCACCCAUACACACCCAUUCAUAUAAUAUAAAUCAUACGGGUGUGUCCCCAUACACACCCUUACACACCCAUACGCAAAAAUACACCCCAAAGAAACCAUAUCUGGGUCCACCCAUACACACCAAGACAAACCAAAUCUGGGUUUACUCAUACAUGGCAAGAUAAACCAUAUCUGGGUAAACCCAUACACGGCAAGACAACUCAUGUCUUUCUACGCCCAUACACACAGAGCUAUGCACACACCGCUAUAACGUCGUAUCUGUAUAUACCUGAACACACAGACACACACACACCUAUAAACCCCCACGCAGACAACCCCCCCCCCCCCCCCCAGUGCACAGCACUAAUCAAACGCAGCAACACGCGCACACCACAAUACGCGCACACAUUCAUGUCUGUACGCAAACACAUCACACAAACCACACGCGCACCUAGGGGCCGUCCAUAAAUGACGUCACGCACCUGGGGGGGGGGGUCAGACAUUUGUGACAAUGUGUGACGAGGGGGGGGGGUUUGAGAAAUGUGACGUCACAUCAAAAUGCGCAAUUUUAAAUAAAUAUAGACAACACGUUCUACUUAAUUAAAUAGACUUUUUAAUAAAUGUUUUCUCUUACAACAUCAGAGUGCAGCUCCACGUUAAAUACGCACUACAAUGACAACAGUUUAAAGCGAUUUGAGCAUGUUUUAUUUUGGGGGGGGGGGGGAGAGCUUUGUGACGUCAUAUUUGAGGGGGGGUCUGACUUUUUGUGACGCCGUGUGACGAGGGGGGGGGGGGUCAAAAAUCGUCAAAAAUCGCGUGACGUCAUUUAUGGACGGCCCCCUACACACACACACACAUCGAUAGACACACGCACACCAACACACUUACGCAAAUGCACACGCACGCACACACCAGUACACAAAGACAAAGGUCCCCUGUAGAGGCUUAACAGACUGUUGCGGCAAGUUCUGUGCGUGAGCUCCGAUUAAUCCCGGCACGGCACAACAAGGAGGUGGGUGGCCAGGCACCGCAACCCUUUGACUCCCCAAAAAGCUGAUGUUUACACACCGUACCAGGUAUUUAAGGCCGAGUUUACCUAGGGGAGGCCCAGGACCGGUUCAGAAUACUCGCCACUGAUGUUGGCCGUGAGCGGGAAUGGAAUGCGGUUGUCGCCAGGUUCGUAGCGCCGUGCACUGACCGCUACACGGCAUCUCCCACACACCAGCAAAGAUGACCCCACUGAGCCUCCACACACCUGGGGCAAGUGCUGUUAGCGAGCACCUAUGAAGGCCAGCACCACGCCCGACCGCCUUUGUCUCCCCAGCGGCGAUGUUUACACACCGAACCAUUUGAUGCUGAGUCGACCUAGGGGGAGGCCCAGCAACAGUUUACGAGAAUCAUCACUGGCGAAUCCAACCCCCGGGGGUGGCCCAGGGUUUCGUAGCGCAGCUACUACGCGACCGCUCCCCACUCACCGUCUCACACACGCACACCUCGACACACACACACCUCGACACACCCACACCUCGACACACACACACCUAGACACACGCAGCACACAGACACACGCAGCACACAGACACACACCGCUUCUAGCCAAUCACAGCAGCGCGCUUCUCCCACACAAUGCACGCCAUCCAGCGUCAGGGCGGGGGGGGGAGUUGCCCGUGCAGUGGAGGGAGGAGGGUGGCACAAUCACAAAUCAUACAUCUGCGGAAUAUUCCACUUCGAGCUGCACGUGACCACCCACUUCUGCCCCCCCCCCUGUGUACAAUAACAUAACUAUGCGGAAUCUCCAACUCGCGUUGCACGUACCACCCCUCUUCUGCAACCCACACCCCGUGUACAAUAUCAAAUUAGAAAUCUGCGGAAUCUACAACUCGCGUUUGCACGUGCCCACCCCUCUUCUGCAACCCACACCCCGUGUACAAUAACAAAUUAGAAAUCUGCGGAAUCUCCAAUUCACGUUCGCACGUGCCCACCCCUCUUCUGCACGCACACCCCCCGAACUCCGCACCAGCAACCCCAAUGGGGAGGUUGGCACCGCGGAGCGAGCCAAAGCGAAAUCGGCGGCAGACACCAGCGCAGCAGCGCACAACGCCACGAAUCCUCGACCCGUCACGGAUCCGCGAUGACCGAAAGUCGCCCUUCGAGAGGCGUUCUCAUCCCCGACCGUUCUCAACUCAAUCCGCCAAACACACCCCCCCCCGCCCCCAGCGAGCCGCCCGCACCGCCAGCGAGUCGGAUGAUGAUAACGAUGCGACACGCUGUUGACGAUGAUGUACGUACUGUAUGUUGAACUUCUCUCGCGCCGUACGUAGCCAGCCGCGCUUGUCAGAGGUGCGGGGGAAGGACAACAAACGAAACGCGCGAAGGAGUUCGAGAGAAAUGAGUUUGUCAAUCUCGAUGAUGAUUUAAGAGUGCAUCACAGCUCCCAGCGGCUUCCGAAUAUCGGAAGGAAGAGCGUUCCAGACGGCCACCGAAGAGCAUCGGAAAGCGCCACGCGAUGUCGGUGGCCGUCUUUGUUCGAUGGCUACAGCCAAAAGCCGCUGCCGCUGCUGCUCCCAGGAUGACCCGGAGUUCACGCGAUGGUGGUUUGGGCUCCUUGACGAGAUCAGCGACUUGUGACCACACGUGUGGUCACACGUGCGACAACACGUGUGACACACGUGUGACCACACACCGGUCGGCGAAGGUGGCGGAGAGUCGAAGCGCAGCGCUACGGAGGUUGUGGAUUGUUGUGACCAAUCUGCAGUGUCCCAGGCAGCCCGCCGCACCGCCCGCGGUGGCUAGGAGAUGUUAACUCCCUCGCCUGGUAUGCAAGGUGGCCGUGGGUUCGAUCCCGACCCUGACGCCCGCGGUGUGUAUAUAUAUAUGUUUGGAGUUUGCGUGGUCACUCUACCCGUGUUUUCCCUCCGGGUCCUCUGGUUUGUUCCCCGCCGCGUUUAGAAUGCCACGCCAUGCGUUUGGAGUAUUUUGGCUGCUGUACAUUUCCACACGGUGACGCUGACGCUGGUGAGCCACUUUGUUGAGCGAUAUCAUUUGUGGCCAGGUCGCUUCUGAGAAAGAGCUGCACAGCGCAGUGGGAUUUUGCCUGGUGAAUAAACGCGUAGUGAGUACGAAUGUGAGAGUAGUCAGUCCUUAGCCCAGCACCGCGAAUCCAGAGUACCCGGGCACGGCUUCCGAGAGGCGACGACAUCGGGCGGAUUAACGGGUGCUGAUUUGGUCACGGGCGAUGUUGUUUAUUGAGUUGUUUAUCUUUUAAGUUAUUUAUGAAGUCCAUGUAUUUAAUUUAUUUGUUUGUUGUUCUGCGCACCGUACCGCGAGAGCUUGGGACGGAUCUGGUGAACGAGCCGAAGCCCCGAGGCGCCAAGGUCGUCCGCGAAGGGCCGUGGCACCAAACGUCGUGCCGUGACCUCUUGCGACGGCGUUUGGCGAACGUGGCGGCAACACCGAGAGUAGUUGGCCGCUCCGCAAAGUCCCGGCGGCGGCGGCGCGAGGCUAAAGUGGCGAUUUCCAUCGGAGCCAGGAGAAUUGAGCCAGAAUUGAAACCCGAUCGCGCCAUUCGCGGCAUUUUCAUCGCGCCCGUUCCAUUCCUUACGAGGGGCCCACCUUUGUUUUAACAGCACGCGUCCACGUGAUUUAAUGACGCAAUGAUAUUGUUUAGGAUGUAUUGUAAUUGUUUCGUUAAUCGUAAAGUUCCCCGUUGUAAUCAUUAUUCCCGUUAUUAAUUAUUAUUACUCGCACAGAUCCCUGCUGUAGUCAUUGCGGUGUGUGUGCGGGGUCGUGAUACGGUGUGUGUGCGGGGUCGUGAUACGGUGUGUGUGCGGGGUCGUGAUACGGUGGAGGUCGUGAUACGAAUGGGUCGCGUUUUGGAUGUCGCUCUGCGCUGCGUAGCGAGGAGAUUCGUGGUUUCACGAUGACGGCGGCGGCGGUCCACGACCGUGGAUACGCACGCACGGACGUGAUAAUCCGAUGUGCCGGGUGUAUUGCGGAUCGUGAAUCGAGGUUCAUUUCUAAUUGAUUCGGCUCGCUCCGAUCCGGCAAGCCAGCUCAAAGUUGAUCGGGACAGCCCAACUUGAAAAUGUCGAUUCAUUUGGCAAGCAAUACGGCACUUGGGAUCGAAUAGUCGUGUGACAUCGAGGUUAAUUUGUAAUUGAUUCGGCUCGCUCCGAUCUGGAAAGCCAGCUCAAAGUUGAUCGGGACAGCCCAACUUGAGAAUGUCGAUUCAUUUGGCAAGCAAUACGGCACUUGGGAUCGAGUAGUCGUGUGACAUCGAGGUUAAUUUGUAAUUGAUUCGGCUCGCUCCGAUCCGGCAAGCCAGCUCAAAGUUGAUCGGGACAGCCCAACUUGAGAAUGUCGAUUCAUUUGGCAAGCAAUACGGCACUUGGGAUCGAGUAGUCGUGUGACACGCUCCCUUUUCCUUUGAUUGGCCAACAUCAGCAGGAGCGGUCGACACGAAACGUCCCGUCGAGUCGACACGGUCGUGUUCAUUUCUUCGCGUGGGGGAGGAGGCUCUCGCGAACCGCUUCACACGUCACUCGCCACUGACGUUAGCCGUGGCCAGGACUCACCAACUCGCCGUUGAGUUCACAUCGCCACAGUGUGAACCGUCUCCUCUUGUCCAAUGAUCCCGUGAGCCUGUGUUUGUAUUCCGUCUCCUUGUGCAAGGUAUCUGUGAGCCCGUGUUUCCAUCUCGCUUGUAGAAGGUCCUGUAAUCCCGUGGCUCUAUCUCCUUGUGCGAAGUUUCGUGAGUCCGUGUUUCAUCUGUGAGCCCGUCUAACCGAUCCGCGGGUGGUCUGUGGCAUGACAAUGAGAGGAGCCGACGCGGGAUUCAAUUCACUGGAAUUUUUAACAAUCCGAGCAGCCAUCAUUUGGAGAAAUGCUUCUUCCCCGCCUGUCCGUAACCUGUGCCCCCCUCCCCCUAUUAACAUCAUUCGUGAGGCCACCGGGGGCCACUGGACACGGGCCCCCAAGGGAUAAUUUACCCACCCCCCCAAAAUGGUUAAAGUCGGCGUGAUUUGUGUGGUGAAGUCAUAAUUGUCAUUUUAAGUUCUGUACAGGAUUUAUUUCGUUUCGGUGCAGUCAAAAACCUCUCUGUCUUUUUCCCAUACCAAAAUUGGGUGUGCAUUGUUUCCCUCCUCUGCCACUGAAUAUCGGCGGAAAUCGCCCGUUCCCACCAACGGACAGAUUAUCGGCGUCGUCAUCAUUUUUUCACGUCCUUUACACGAAUGCCCAACCAAAUCUGGCAACUCGUACGCGGCAGCCGAUUCAUAUUGCCCAGCGCCGCUGCGUUGAACCCCGCACGUAGCGACUUGCGCAUUGAGAUAACGCGACACCAAAUAGCCGAGAGAGCGAGCGAGAGAGAUAAAUAAUGAGCGAGUAAGCGAGUGAGAGAGAGAGAGUGAGAGGGAGAGUGAGAGUGGGAGAGAGAGAGAGAGGGAGCCACUCGAGGCCUUGUGGGGGCCACUGCCAGGGUGCCCGUCCGUCCUUCGUCUUCCAGCCCGGCCUCCAUGCCGGGUGUCGCGUCGCGUGCCGAGAGCGGUGAGCUUCCGUGACUCGGCGCAGACCGUGGGGGGGGGGGGGGGGGGGGGACUGCUUGGCGCACGGGGUUUGGGAUGGCACCAGGGUGCGGCGGUUACGCCGGUCGUACUCCUGAUCUCACAGGAGAUCUCUUAUUGCGACCGGUGUUUUGAGAAGUGUGGUGGGGUUUUUUUUUUUGGUCGUCUUUGCCCAGUUUCGUUCAGAUUUGUCGUGACCAGGUUCGGGGGCGAUGGUGGAAAUCCGUUCUUGAAUUUGUCGCGAAGCAAUGCGGUUGCGUUAAGAGGACGGUCGACGGAAGUGGAUUUCGUAGAACUAGUUUCGAGAAAUCGAUGGAUUUGGGGAGAUCUGUUAAACGUGACCGCCGUUCACUUAAAACAAAAAUUCCACCGGACUUUAUCCGCAAAUGUGAUAUAACGGGGUCAUCGUGAGAUGAUGAUGAAUCCAUUCGUAAAUCUCGCGGUUACGCAGCGGCUCGCAGUUUGGGGGUAUCAGGCGAGAAGCGCCGCUGGAGAUCCGUGGAUCGGAGUGACCACCGUUCAAAUUCCUAGAGAUCUCUUGAAGCGAACGCCAUUGGCUCUUUUACAUCGUUCGGAACUAUUGCGGAGCAGCGCGUAGCGCCAUGUGUCAGAGAAUAGUCCGCGGAAGUGGAUAUCGUAGAACUAUAAUUAGUUGAUUUUUCGGUUAGAUUGUGUUGGCAUGUAAACCAUUUUUAAAUCAGGAGCUGUCCACCAUCCGACAGAAACAAUAAAAUCAAGGUGUCACAUCAUUUUGGCCAAAUACGCCACUCGAUUUGUUUUUUUAGCAAAAUGCAAUGUUGCAAGGCACGCAAAGUUUUUGACAAUUUUGUACGACGUUUCGCUGGGAGAUUACAUCCAGCAUCAUCAGGCAUUAACGAAGCUCAGAUUUCGCCAAAGCCUACGCAUGAAGACCGUAGAACUACUGCAUGAGAUAUCUCCCGAGAUGGGGUGACGAUCUGUAACACUCAGCGAUCACAGUUGCAUUUGUGAGACACUUGAUAACCAAGUUGAAUCACAACUCACUUGAGGUCUGUAGGUCUCUGUGAGUCUGUGGGUCCCUUUGUGAGUCUGGGUCUGUAUUCAAGUCAUUAGGAACGGUACCAUCAACUCGCCACACUUGAGAACAGGCGGUCGUGACCUGGAUUCAAACCCAGAGACUUGGCAGUGCCGGCUCGGUAUCUCGGAGCUUGAAGGUCGCUGUCGCUAACAGAUCGCUAUGAAAGUGAAUGGAGGUCAGGUUAGCUAAGAGAUCUCUAGGAAAGUGAACGGAGGUCGCUGUAGCUAAGAGAUCUCGAUGAAAGUGAAUUGAGGUCGCUGUGGAUAAACAAUCGCUAUGAAUGUGAUUGGAGGUCUCUGUAGCUAACAUCUCUAUGAAAAUGAAUGGAGGUCUCUGUAGCUAACAUCUCUAUGAAAGUGAUCGGAGGUCUCUGUAGCUAACAUCUCUAUGAAAGUGAUCGGAGGUCUCUGUAGCUAACAUCUCUAUGAAAGUGAAUGGAGGUCUCUGUAGCUAACAUCUCUAUGAAAGUGAUUGGAGGUCUCUGUAGCUAACAUCUCUAUGAAAGUGAUCGGAGGUCUCUGUAGCUAACAUCUCUAUGAAAGUGAAUGGAGGUCUCUGUAGCUAACAUCUCUAUGAAAAUGAUCGGAGGUCUCUGUAGCUAACAUCUCUAUGAAAGUGAUUGGAGGUCUCUGUAGCUAACAUCUCUAUGAAAGUGAAUGGAGGUCUCUGUAGCUAACAUCUCUAUGAAAGUGAUUGGAGGUCUCUGUAGCUAACAUCUCUAUGAAAGUGAAUGGAGGUCUCUGUAGCUAACAUCUCUAUGAAAGUGAUCGGAGGUCUCUGUAGCUAACAUCUCUAUGAAAGUGAAUGGAGGUCUCUGUAGCUAACAUCUCUAUGAAAGUGAACGGAGGUCUCUGUAGCUAACAUCUCUAUGAAAGUGAAUGGAGGUCUCUGUAGCUAACAUCUCUAUGAAAGUGAUUGGAGGUCUCUGUAGCUAACAUCUCUAUGAAAGUGAACGGAGGUCUCUGUAGCUAACAUCUCUAUGAAAGUGAAUGGAGGUCUCUGUAGCUAACAUCUCUAUGAAAGUGAUUGGAGGUCUCUGUAGCUAACAUCUCUAUGAAAGUGAAUGGAGGUCUCUGUAGCUAACACGUCUCUACGUAUGGACUCCGGGGUUGAAGUCUCGUAAAGCCUCGGCGACAUUUCCCUUUCGCGCUGCGCCGAGCCUCAUGGCUCUGUUCUCAAUGAGGGUCCCGCGACUGAGAAUGUUUUUGGGUCGACUGUUGUUGUUGUUUAGUGGUGGCUGGGGCCAGAGCGGCGUUCAUUCUGGCCGUCCGAUUGCCCCCACCCCCCCAGCCCCGUCGCGUCGGCGAGAAGCGACGAUUUCACCAUUUGCGUGGUGGGAACUUCGCCUCUCCGGCACGCGCAGGAGCGACGGCGUUGGACGUCACGUGGCCGAACGCGGAGCUCCGCGACGUUCCAACGCCCCCGUCCGCUGCGACGCGCGGUCCGGGGAAGCGAGCGGAUACGAUUUGACGUCGCGUUUACACUUUUGGGGGGGGGGGGGGGCGGGGGUCGUUACGUGCCGCACGAGCCUGAUGAUUGCUACACACGCACACACACACGUCGCGUCGUUAAGAGCAAGGGGGCUGUACGACGACACGCUGCACGGUGGAUCAGCAGCCGUCGUUGCUAUCGCGCUGUUAAAUCAUUUUAAUGGGAAGGGUUGGGGGGUGGUGGUGGUGGUGAUGUUAUGGCUCCCGCCAUGGGAAUAUGGAAUGUCCACCUAUUCCUUACCUCUCAGGACUGCUUCACUGGUUGAGGGGGAUGUCGCGAGAACUGAUGUUCGUAUCGAUGUCGUGGCCGCGGGAGUGGCUUCCCUCUGUAUUUGAAGUCGGGAUUUUGAGUCUGUGAGUCUGUGCAAUCUAAAGAACGUAUUUAUACGCACGCGCCGAUCCAUAUAUAGAUACCCCACUCGAAUAAUGGGGAUAUAUUUUAGAACUACGCUGAGAUUUAAUUGAGAGCCUAAACACGUUCGCCACGAAUCUCGAUACGUGAAACAUCUUUCAGCACUUUCCGCGCUGCGCAUCGCUUUCCAAACGUGCGAUCGCCUGUCGCGAAGAACGUAGAGAGAGAAGUGGGGGGGGGGGGUCAUCGAUAGAAGUCUGUGGGGUAUCUGUAAAUGGAUCGGCCUCCGCAGUGGGCGAUGGAAGGGUCUGGCAUAGAAGGCUAAAGAUGACCAAAUAUCAUCGCGACAAUAAGGAGCUGGCGAAAGUGUGCUCAUGCAUGUCUGGCAUCAUCGUUUCGUUUGCGCGUAAACUCCGCCGCCAAAGAAACAAAAAUUGGGAUGAAUAUAUUUUUUAAAUCCAGGAAAAUCUGGAGAGAGAGAGAGAUCUAAAGCAAAUUAUCCGCAACUUUGUGGGAAAUCCCACACAGGCCAGAGCUGGCUUGCAGUGCACUCCACACGAUACGUGUCACACGUUUUUGUCAAGGUGCGAGUCGUGGAGUGAAUCUGGCUUUGAGAGUUUUGUCAGGCCAGGUAUCAACGCUUUGGGGCGUCGAUGAUGGUGGUGGUGGUGAUGAUGGUGGUAAAUCAAAUCCACUGGACUUGCACGAGGACCGUGUAAGAGUUAUCUCAGUGUCACAGAGGUCAAUCUUUGCUGUCUUGUGUCCAGCCACUGACCUCCGUGACCCUGCCGGGCCCCUGACCUCUCGGCCGUGGCUCAGAGGGCACGGGCUCGGUGAGGUGCAUCAGCUGAUGCGUCAGUGGAGAUCUGAGUGGCUGCUACGCCUUCACAAUACGUACACAAGUUGGCCGAAAGUCAUCACGACCUGUACACGCAUGCAGUAGUACGUGGUCUACACACAGGCGCACAGAGGUGCACACACACUCGCGCGCACGCUCGUCUACAAAACAGGCACGGUGAGCACGCCGUGACGCACAGAUCUGAUGGAACACGUUCACACACGCACGCACAGCGGUGAUACACGUUCACCCGGUCACGUUCAUGCGCGUGUUGCACGCAACCCGCCGUUCAAUCCACGCACGCAAUCACCGGUACACACGCGUACGCACGCACACUUGUCGUAGAAGCGGUAGACGCGCACCACACCGUGUCUGGUACCCAUGCUAGGACGCACACACACACAGGCACCAUCACGCUCCGUCGUCGGCAGCACUACAACGCAUUCCCUCUGCCCCCCCCCCGUCCUCCUGCACGCACGGUGCUUGCCGCGAGCCCUCCUCUCGAGGUGUCGAUGCUCGUCUCGUGUUCACGAUCCCGUGUCCCGCCCUUUCCUGUGCCCCUCUCGCCACCGCCGCCGCAACGAGGACUCCCUUCGGCCCCCCUCCACCCCCCGUGCCGCGCGGUCCUUUCAACUCCUCGCUCUGCCACACGGCAACCUCUGACACCCCCCGCCGCCCCUCGCCCGUUCGUCUCCCCGCGCGUUUAAAAACGAAAAAAAAAUAUCGAAAUAUGCAUGCAAGUGUAGAGUCCUCUUUCCCUGCCCUCCGGCCCAGUGCGUCGACGCAGCAUUCUCGUUUUUACGAAGACCGCCCGUCGCGUUUCAAGCGCGCACGCGGAGAACCGCGCACCGGCGUCCCUCCAUCACCCCCCCCACACACACACAGCUUCGGGAAACCCCCGGCGCACGUCGUGUGCGAAUCGCACGUGCUGUGCGAUGCCACGUGCUGUGCGAUGUCACGUGCGAUGCGCCCACGUGGUGUGCGAUGAUUCCACGUGGUGUGCGAGCGACGGGGAAAUAUCCGUGAAAAAUCGGGGAGCGAACUCCUCGAUCAUCUUUCAUCUUUCACACCGCGACGACGGCGAUGGCGACGAUGAUGACGACGACGACGACGAUGUCCGUCAGCGCCGUGCGUCGCCACCUAAUUGAUCGACAGGGUGACCUGGGCCGUGACCCGCGCGCGUCUGACCCCAACCCCACCGCGCCCCCCCCCGUCCCAAUCGCCGUGUGCGUGUCCCCGUAUGUCCGACUCCUUGCAAUAACGGCGGCUGGUUGUUGUUGUUGUUGUUUUAUAACGAUGAUGCGCGUUACACCCGUCCGUUACCAUGCACGAUUGAAACUGUCGGUGAUUGAAUUGAAUGAAUUAGUCGUUAUACCUAAACUUAACCUAACCCUGGACAUGCGAUUAGCUUUGAGUGAUGCUAAAUAAACAUUAAUAACCA